AUGUAUCAGGGGUUCACAACUUUGAGACAGAUUGCCGCCAGGGCAGUAAGUGUGCGACAACCUAACACGCCCGUUCAGACGUCUUUGGAUGCAGACAAAUGGGAGAGUUUGGAAAGUGAAAAAUGGCUCGCGUUCGAAAACCUAAAAGAAGAGAUAUUAGAAAAAAUUAGGAAGUUAGAGGAAGAACGGCACACUGUGGACCUCUGGUCGUGCGGCUCUGAAUGGGGGCGAAGACGAAGGAAGCGGCAGGUGACCGUCUCCCCUCCCUACGUGGUAUACAUGCUGCCAGACGCUGACAUCAUGGAGGACUGGAGGCUGGUGAGAAAGCUCCUAGAGAGGAACGAAUGA